AUGCGUUCUUUCUGGUUUCUUACAUUCACGCUCGCUGUGGCAGCCCUCGCCCAGGACAGCACAGCCGACGAUGAUGCAAAGAAGGCGCGACAAGCAGCUGCAGCGAAACUUCUGCCACUCAUACCGGACUGUGGUCUGACCUGCCUCGAAACCAUGGUUUUGGCAUCGCCUUGUUCGUUCACCGAUCUGGACUGCAGUUGCAACAAUGCAACCAUUGCCGAACAAGUGGCCGUGUGCGUUCUCGGAACCUGUUCGGUCAAGCAAACGUUAUCAACCAAGAACAUCACCGAGAUCAUGUGCGGAAAGCCUAGACGAGAUCGAACGCAUGUCAUUGCCUACAGCGGCAUAGGAGGAAUGGCCGUCGCUGUCGCCGCAUACUUCGUCCGAAUCGUUUCCAAGAUACACAUAUCUUCUCAGGGCAGGACGAUCUUUACGGAGCUAUGGUGGGACGACUUCGCUCUUACUCUUGGCAUGAUGUUUUUGAUACCGCUGUGCUCGAUCUCAGUGCCGAUCUCAAGUCCCGGACUUGGAAGAGACGUUUGGACACUCACUUACCAUGAGAUUACGCGUACUCUCAAGCUUCUGUAUGCGGACGAGCUUCUCUACGUGGGCUCACUAGGGACGGUGAAAAUUGCGCUGCUCUUGACCUACCUACGAUUCUUCUCCGUGCCCCGGUUUCGCCAAUUGGUGUACAUCAUGAUUGGAGUCAACGUCUGCUACAUGCUGGCAUUCAUGCUUGGAUCUGCAUUUCAAUGCAAGCCCAUCUCGAUGACCUGGAAUCGGUGGGAUGGUGAACACAAAGGAACGUGUGUGAGCUUUAAUGGCUUGGGUUGGACAUCAGCCAUAUGCAACAUUGUCAUUGAUCUAAUCGUUAUCGGCAUGCCGAUGCCGCUGCUAUGGACCAUGAAACUCGACAACAAGAAGAAGUUUAUGGUCAUGCUGAUGUUCGGAGUCGGCUUCUUCGUGACCGUCAUCAGCAUUUUACGACUGCACAUCCUCGUAUCCUACGGCGAAGCCAAGAACUUUACUUGGGACUAUGUGCCACUUGGCUACUGGUCAAAGCUAGAGGUCCAAGCCGCUGUCUUCUGCGCUUGCAUGCCAGCGAUGCGAAAUCUUUAUCGACGCUUCUGGCCCAAGAUCACGGGCAGCACACGCGGCGGAGAAACGACUGGCCAGUCCGGACUUUCAGGACGCACGCUUGCUACAAGUGACUAUGGCGGCGGAAAGAGUGUUGAUACGGAGGUAGGAUUGAAGACCACGCAGGACGAGACCAAGGACAUCCGUGCUGAUUGA